AUGAAAAAUAGACUGAUGCUUCCGUUUGCAUUUGAAGCAAAAUUGCUGUCAGAAUAAAAUGAAUCGAAUAUUCCCAGUAGUAAAAUUCAAAGUAGCAAAUUAAUGUAGUGUCGAUCAUCUCCUUUCUAAGCUGAUUAUUGGUGUUUGCCAACUAAUGACAGGAAAUAAUUAAAUUAUGAAAAGAAAAAUGUGUUUACAAGAAAGUUUAUGGAUAACAUGCUUGAUCAUAUUAGAAAAGUAAAGAGAUUAACAAACUUUCAUCUAUCAUUGAUCGGUGAUCAGGGGGCUUCUGAAGAUGUACUUACAAAGAGAAAAUCUUCUACACUACACCACUUAAAUUAAUAAUAAUUAAGGUUUUUUUAGGAUAUUAAAAAAUCCAUAAUAAUUAAACUGGAAAAGUUACCUCUUAUUCACCCUGGCUAGUACAUGAAGGUGGUAUGGGAUAUAGUAGCUGUUACUGCUCGUCUCUACUUUUUAUACAUAAUACCUAUUGAUUUGGCAUGGGUGAACCAAUAAUUCAUUUUUCAUGAUAUGUGGUACAUUUCAAUAAUGUUCUUACUUAUCUUAGUUUUUGAUUUGCUACUAAGUCUAAACACAAUAUACUUUCAAAAUGGAGAGGCUGUGUAAUCUAGAGUUCAUAUCAUCAAAAACAUUUUAUAAUUACUUAUCUAUUUCAUAGUUUCAGCAUUUACUGACAUAUCGUUGGACAUUUCCAACAAUAUAAUUAAUAUGGGUUUGCUAAUAUUUUUAGUGCAUCAUAAGACAAUUAUCAAUUACGUCACCAAUUAUGAAGAAGGUUUGAAUUUAUCAAAGUAAACCUCAUCCAUCUUGGCUUUGCUGAAGCUGAUUGCAUUCUUAUUCUAUGUUAUACACCUAUUCUCAUGUUUCUGGUUUUGGAUUGGUAAAUAUAGUAUAGAUAAUUAUGAAGGCAGGAGUUGGCUAGUCUCUACCAGCAUGUUGGAAUAAUCAUGGAAUACUUAAUACCUGCAGGCUUUCUAUUACACAGCUGUCACCAUAUUUACGGUUGGCUAUGGAGAUGUAACACCCUAGUCAAAUAUCGAAAAGAUAGUCUCAGUUAUCCUAAUCAUGAUAUCCAGCAUCCAAUUACCUUAUAGUGUUAACACAGUAGGUACAAUCAUCACUGAGAUUUCUGCAUUUACAGAAGAGAAGAAAAGAAAAUUAAGAAUUAUUAACUCAUAUAUGAAUAAGACUUCACUCUCAUCUGGUCUAUAAGUUUAAGUGAGGAAAUAUUUAUCCUAUUACUGGGAAAAUAAAGUGGUCUCCCAAUCCGAAGAGGAGAAAGAAAUUAUCGAUUCUUUAUCAGAAUUCUUAAGACAAUCUUUGAUAAGUGAAGCCCACCAGAAGAUUUUCGACUAGUGUACUUUAUUUAGGAUACCUUUCACUGAAUAAUUCAAAAAGUAAUUAAUCAAGGAAGUUUAAGAGGUUCUUCUCUCUCCAGAAUAAGAUUUGAAAUAGCCCAACGAUAUUUUAUUGUAUUAUAUAGAGGAUGGAUCCAUUUAGAUCUGUUUGCAAUAAGGGAGAAAAAUCAAUCUUGGAAUUGUCAACAAAGGAGCUUCUAUUGGAGUGAAGAAUUUCAUUUUGGGAACUGAAUCUCUCGAAACUUUUAAGAGUGUUGGAUUCACUAAAGCAAUGAUACUCAAAAGGAAGAGCUUUUUAAAAAUCUUACAAGAGCACCCUGAAGAUUAUGAAUUGUUUUGCUCUAUUAGAGAUAAAUUAAUAUUCUAAGGGGACGAUCAGUAUUUUAAUGUUAAAUGCUUUUCUUGUGGAAAAGAUACACAUAAACUUAUUGAAUGUCCUUUGAUUAAGUUUGUCCCUGAUAAAGAAUUCUUAAUUAAGAAAUACUUAUAUCCUAAACUGUAAGAGAGGGUGGAAUUUAAAAGGACCAGACAGAAAGUUUAAAGUUUAAAGUAAAACCGAAAAAAAUUAGAAUAGUAUGCUCUAUUAAUCUAGAAGGACGAGCCUCAACUAUUUUAAUUAUAUAAAUUCGAUAACAUACUGAACAUUGAUGAAGAACAAUUGAAGUUUUAUAUAAAGAGAUCCAAUACCACACAACUUAUAAAUCAUCAUAUUCCAAAAAUUAAGAAAAAGAUGAUCUCUAUUUUCGAAUUGAAUCAAGAUCCUAUACGGAAGAGAUUUCGAUAAUUAGUAAAUAAAUUAAUAUCUAUAAAUAAAAUAUACCCUUAUUUCUUAAUUUAAACCUAUGUCCAGUUUGAAAAGAUGAUUGAGUAGAGGUCUAUUUAAUUAACUUUGUAGAUUUUAGAAUAAAGAUUAAAAAAUAUCCAUUAAUUAGAUAACAAGCGAUUCAAUCAAUAUCUUAGUGAUAUUAACUUUAUCAUAUAGAAACUAUCAAAUAAAACAUACAUCGAUGAUUAAGAAUUCGAGAGUCCUUAGACUUAUAAAUAUUAUUUUAGAAAAGAUAAUUUUUCAAUCGUCAAAUAGAAGAACUAUUUCUAAAAUCUAAGCAUUUUAAAAAGGUUUAUCCAAUAUGUUCAAUAUCCAGGAGAUCUAAUCUAACAAUUCAAACUAACUUAAAUAGGAAUGUUUAUAGUUGCAAAUAAGAGAAGGUAAAACUUUUGUGUCUCUGCAGAUUAGGUAAUUAAAUGA